ACAAAUAUGAAAACAUGUGUUGAAGUAGUGGUUCACAUGAGACACAUACACACGAAGAAGUUAUGGACACCACCGAUGAAUUGAUGACCGCAGAUGAGCUCCAGAAGUACUCCAAAGAGGAACUGGUCGCUCGCAUGUUGUCAAUGCAGUCACACGUUAGACAACUGAAGAAUAUAUUAAACAAAAGGAGUGGUAAUAGUAGUGAUGAUAAGUGUCGGCCAAGAAGUGAACGUGACUUUGAUUUCCGUAAAUACAAGACGAGACAUAUCGCACUGAAAGUGCUAUACUUGGGCUGGGAUUACAUGGGAUUCGCCGCUCAAGAGGACAGUCAUCACACGGUAGAGGCGGCCCUAUUCGAGGCGCUCACGAAGACCCGACUCAUCCGCACCCGUCAGACCUCUAACUAUCACCGGUGCGGACGCACUGACAAAGGAGUGUCCGCUUUCUCGCAGAUUAUAUCACUCGACGUGAGAACUAAUCUAAAGAGUGUAAUUCAAAAUAAAUUUGAGGCAUCGAUACAGAGUUUUACGUUGACUUCGCACUCAAUCAAUACGUCCGCACCACUACUGGUCGGGUCGGUCACCGAUGACCAGGGUGAGAAUGAGUUGAUACCACCGACGAGUUUACUGGAGUUUCCACUGUUGGCUCACUAUUGUAACGAUAUAUUGAGCGCAAUGAAUGAAAUACGGCGGACAACGCCACUGUCUAUUAUCGGAUCCCUGGCCAACACGUUGAACGAGUCUUUCCAACGAGUCUCCACUGCGAUCACCAAAUAUUUUAGGACUGAAGACACGGGUCUAUCGGGCAGUGAACGCGAAGUUCUGCACCGAUUCUGCAAUCAAUAUACCGGCGAACUAUUGCCACAUCUGUGCAAAUGCUUUCACCGCAUACUACCCAUGCAAUCGGUGGCCAACUUGUUGGGCGUGUCGGCCAUCGAGUUUAUCAAAGUGAAGGACCAGUUCCCGGCCAUCAACGUGGCAGCCAUUGUCGAGCCCAUCAACAGAUUAUUGCCGUCGCAUAGUGUGGUGACAGGCGAUGAGCGACAACAACAGCCACCCGUCAGACCAUCGCAUGUGUCGACAAUGAGUGAGACAACAAUUGGUGACAAACCGUCUGUCGAGUCGGAAGUGGCUGUCCAAUGAUUUUUGUGGAA